AUGAGGGUUCCCCAUACGGUGAGCAAAUUAUUAGUUGAAUUACACACACCAUCGCCAGAAUGUCUAGACUUAAUCGGCGAGGAUCAAAGACAAAUCUUAGCGGAAGAUCUAAAUUGGAACAAUGGAGAAGUACCAACUUUGGUAGAUUUAUGUGUAAAAAAAAUUGCAGAAAAAUUCGAAGAACGGCCCUACUUCGAUGAACUACCAUGUGAAGAUAGAGAUCAUCUUCUAGAGUUGAUUUCCACUAACUUGCCGCUUGAAAUGGCAAUUCCUCUUAUUAACGAUGAAUAUUAUUGGAAACGACGCUACGACGACCAUUUCGGUGUUAUAACAUAUAGAAAACCUUUCCCCUGGCAAUGGAAAUCUCUUUAUAUCGAAAGAGAGGUUCGUAGAAUUAUAGAACAUGCAGAACCACAAUAUGCAGACGAAGAAAGUAUGGAUAUAUUGGAUUUAUGUGCUCCAUACGUUAAAAGAUUAUUCGUGACCCAGUUACAACUUUGGAAACCACCAUUGACUAUAGAAAAAGAAGAUAUUCCAGACGAAUGGCCGAUUGAUCACAUUAAUUUCACUUUUAUCACUCCAAAAUUACCUUUGAUUGAAGAAUUUGAUAUUAUCUUUGGUAUGAAUGAUGUCAAAGAAGAUUUCAAUUGGAAUAUGUUCAAAAUAACUGUUUCAGAUUGUCAGAGAUUAGGUAAGGCGAUAUUGGAUCUGAAGCUAUUGAAAGUACUCCGGAUUCACAAAAGCAAUAUUGAAGAUAAACAUUGUCAAGCACUGAUGCAAAAUUUGAUAAAGAAUAAGACCAUAGUUGUGUUAGACUUAUCUAAUUGUAAAAUAGGUGAUCAAGGUACUUUAUGUAUCGCUAAAGUUUUGAUGAAUCAUCCUACUUUAAGGAAACUGAUACUGACAAAUAAUUUAAUAGGGCAAAUUGGAGCAGAAGGAUUAGGAUAUGGUUUGAUACAAGAUACGUGCCCCCCUUUGGAGUCUUUAAUUUUAAGACUCAAUCCAUUAGGACAUGCUGGAGUCAUGGGUAUUUUAAGAGCUUUAGUUCGAUGUUCCUUUCCCACAGAACUUUCCUUAAGUUCUUGUUUAUUUGAAGAUGAAACCCCGGAAAAAAUUUCUAAGGUGUUGAAUUGGAACGACACUUUACAAGUUUUAGAUGUUAGCAACAAUUGGUUUGGAGAAUAUGGAGGGGACUUAAUGGUAGAAUCUUUGAAAGAUAACACUAGUCUAUUAUGGUUAGAUAUGAGAGAAACAGAUAUAACACCACAACAAAACAUGUUGAUUCGAAAAUAUUUAUUAAGAAAUCGUAAUGACUCUGUGGAAGAAGACGAAGCAUCUAUAGUAGAAUCAGAGGAACAAACGGGAGAAGAUCAAGACGAAGAAGUAAUGGAAGAAAGUAUUGAAGACGUGCAUGAGAAUGUUGAGGAAAUGGAAUAA